UUUCCCAAUUAAACACUUCAACACUAAAAAAGUGACAAUCCUUUCACUACUCAAGCCUCCGAACACUCACUGCCAGCCCCUUCAUCUUCAUCACUACCAUGUCCCAAUUCAUCACUGCUGAUGAGAACCCAUGCCCACCCUCUAUCCUAGCCCUUCAUCUUCAUCACUGUUGAGAACCCUCAUACCUAGCCCUCUCUCUGAGCCCUCUUUCACAGCCCUCUAUCGCACUUUCUCUCGCACUCGCUCUGUCGCAACCCUCGCACCCUCAAUGCAAGCCUCCUCCUCAGAUUCGCAACCCUCACACCCUCUCUCACAACCCUCUAUCGGCGGUGCUCCGUCGAUGCUCCCUACAUCGGCAUGCCCUCCCUCAGCGAUCUCUCUCUCUCAAACCCUAAACACUAAAGACGCUGCCUCUCUCUCGCUCCUCCCUCAAUCGGCGCUUCCUCUCCCUCAAUCGAUGCUCAACCCUCACUAUAAACACUACAAGAAAAUAAACAGGAUCAGCAUGCUGCUGUUGCGGUUGAGAGUCCCAACACAAGGCUCUUAACCGUGCUUGAUGAGGUAAGGACUUGCUUCUUCCAAAAGCAAAUGCAGUAAAAGUAAGAGAAUUAUGGUUAUUUGUCUCUUAUU